AUGCGAAUUAUGGCUCGCGAAGUCGACUCGUUCCAUGAUGCGAUAUACAAGAUUGUUACGCCGCUCGAUGCUGGUGCGUUCGAAGCCAACAUUAAGGCACUCGCAAAGGUCGCGCACGUCGCGCCGUACCUGGCCACUAUACCGAAGCAGAUUCGAGAGGGCUUUGAUCUCGGCAUCAAGGACCCUCCGUCGGAGCGUCACAUCGCGAAGAACGCACCACUCACCGAGGAGCAACAACUGGUCAUGGACGGCGAGAUGGAGCGCAUGCUCGAUCUCGGGUACAUCGCGGGGCCGUACGACCAGGACGAGCUCGAGGCCGCGGUCGGUCCUUUCCGCGCGAAUCCAAUCAGCUAUAUGCCCAAACCCUGACGAAGCGAAUCAUCCGUCGACGAGCGGGCAUGGACCGUCGCAACGGAGUGGUUCGUCUAGCCGUCCGAAACUCGUUUCCAUCCACGACGACCUGAAGUCUGCGAACUUCCCUUGCCGUUGGACGACCUUGCCCAUGUUGUACCGCAAGUUUCGCGAGCUUCCCUUGACGGCGGAAGCCUGCGGUUGGGAUUUCGGCGAUGCGUUCUACCAACUCCCUUUGCGAUGGGACCAGCGAUCGAGCAUGUGCAUCUUGUAGCGCGGCCUCAUCUUCGUACGACGAGUCCCAUGCUUCGGUGGCAGGACUACUCCCGGUGUCUUUGGGAAUGUCGCGGACCUGAUCCAAGACUUGGUCGAAUGGAAGUUCCCCGGCGUGUCAAUCUUCAAGAUGGUUGACGAUGUUUGCGCGGUCCGAACGUCGGAUGCCAUAUCGCAAGAAGCCAUUCUUCUUUCGUACGAUCCCUCGGCUGGCGCCCCGCGGAGCAGAAAGGCUUCACGUGAACGCGUCAGUUUGUCCACGUCGGGAUUGACUGGGAUUUGGAUCUAAUGACUGCGAGGGUCACCGAUCAGAAGCGGAUGCGCUACAUCGACGCCUUGGUGAAAGGUAGCUGCGCCGAUUGUAAUACCCAGGCCCUUCACGACUAG